AUAAGCUUAGCCUUCCAUCCGCAAGAUUUUCUUUUGGUCUUUUUACCAAUUUCCUAUGCGGUGCGUGAGUGCGAGCGAGACAGACGCAUAUGGCGAUCACGUGCGUAAGACAAGGAGAGGAAUAGAGCGUACCAUUCUGAAGUCAAUUUACACCCUUCUCUGUGUCGUCCUUCACGAGUCCCGGGCAACGGGGAACCAAAUGACUGAUGUUCUGCAGCGACAAGUGCGCGCCCUUACGUAUCCGGAAGACAGUGAAAUGGGGCUUUUCUUCGCCCUCGCCAUCCCUCUGGACGAUCCGGUAUCUACGAAGUCCGUCUCCAUAGCCUUUUUCUUCGAGGCCAACUACGAGUUGCCGAAUAAUGUGACGGAUUUCCUUCCAGGCUACGAAGGCAUCGAUGCCUCUGGAAGAAGAAGAAAAAGAAGCAUCGAUAGGACGACAGCCUAUGCUAUAUUAGAAUCAAAAUUUGAAUCGGUCGGAUUCCAAGGGCGACAGUGUCUUUUGAGAUCCAUAUGCGACACUCAGAAGCAACGAAGUAUACAUAACCAUAACGGAGUCCUUGGGGACAUUUUACGUAUAAUACUAACACCUUCAUCUUCUGCUGACGAGGGUCUGUCCGAAGAGUAUCUGAAGGCGGAGAAGGUUUCGCCGGAAGUCGAGUGUUCCACGUGGUAUCCUGAAUGUCCUGUUGGGAUUUAUGAUUAUAUAACGAUCGAGCAUCUUAUUUCCGGUGGAAGUGCUACCGGUGGUCCUAUCACUAAUACUACUGAUGCUGCUUAUGCUGUUACUAUUACCAAUCCUGAUACCACUGUCGGUACUGUGGGCAACUCCCAUUACAACUAUUGGAUGUGGAUGACCUUAAUUAAAGGAACCGUAAUGGCCACCAAAUGCUUGGUACCAAAGCGAUUUACUUUAGAUUUCAACAUCAGGAUUUGUAAUUUCGUGGUUAUGAAUACUGGAACUUGUUGGUUACGUAAAUUUUACACAAACGUUCAGAGCACGUUAGCUGUGCAUAUUUGUAUUUUAGUAGGUAGUUCUCAUUACGUCAUAUCCUUUCAGACCCAAGUGCCAAUCACAUCGAACAAUCCCACGGGACACAUGGGUUGGUAUUUUGAACAGCUUCCAUUUCUGCCAACGAACUCAGCUUCGAAAAAAUCUUCGGAUAAGUCAUCUUCCUUCAUUGAACUUGAUGCAGGUAGUUCUCAUUACGUAAUAUCCUUUCAGGCCCAAGUACCAAUCAUAUCGAACAAUCCCAAGGGGCACAUGGGAUGGUAUUUUGAACAGCUUCCAUUUCUGCCAACGAACUCAGCUUCGAAAAAAUCUUCGGAUAAGUCAUCUUCCUUCAUUGAACUUGAUGCAGCACGUAAAAAGCACCAUAAACUCAAUAAACUCCAGAAUGAACGCCACCAUAAGAAACAGUCGAGAAUGAACUCGGAAGACUUCCUACGUAUGAACAGUUAUCAGUCCCGUUUCGUUAAGUGGUCUGCACACAGGAUAAUUUUGAAUAAACUCCAAGUGCCAUCGUUACCAGAAAGAAGAAGAUCUCAGUGCAGUAUGGAAAUAUCAACUUUCCGUCUCUUAUUAAUAUCCUUGACAAUGGCCGCAAGUCAAAGCAGUGAGAUACAAAAUCUGUUGCGUCAAAAGCGUUACCUGGUCUUCCCAGACCCAUUGGAGAGCGAGACAAAGGUGCAGGUUCUAUUCGGCCUGGGUUUACCAAUGGAAGGAGCAGUAUCGAUGACACUUGGUUACGUAUUGAAAUGCAAUUACGAAUUACCAUACAACGCAUCGGUAUUUACAAAAGGCUACGUGAGAUACGAUAGAUCAGCCAGUUCAGCUAGUAAUGAUCUUAUUGGUCCAGAGACGGAAGGGAGAACUUCGCGCUGGGAUAUUUAUCGUAUGCUGGAAAUUGCUCUGGAGUCUUUAGGAUCAGGCAAGGCCUGUCUGUUACGUGCGGUAUGUGAAGCUGCGGAGACGCCGUUCAACCUGAAGCACGGACUCCUGGGUGAGAUCCUUCAGAUACUUCUAACGCCUUCCAGUACCAAGGAGAAUUCAGUGCUGUACUCGGAUCGCGAAUAUCAUGCUGCGGAGAUACUCGGUCGUGCAGCAUCCGGUCGAUGUCACAGGGUAUACCCGGAAUGCGAGUACAGUCCUUUGGAUUAUUUUACUGAAAGACUUCAGCACUGACGUUGUAUUGUAUCGUUGUAUUUCUUCCUGCACCGAUUCCACAUACGAUCCGACGUAUGUAAACCAGAAAAUAAUUGUGUAUUGAUCUUGCCAGCUAAAAAUAAGAAUAAAAAUUUAAU